AAAGAACACUUUUUUUCCACCCUGUGUAUAAAGGAGUAAAGAAAUAGCCGAGUUCAUUGAGAGCCGAGCCAGCGUUUGUGUUGACUGCUCAGAGUCCACGAACCGAGGCUUUUGUUUUACAUCUCGCUGUCCGCUACAUCUCAGGGACACUUUGGUUAAUCCAUUUCCAAGAGACUCCAGUCAUGGCUUAUCAUAGCUUUCUGCUGGAGCCCAUCAGCUGCCACGCCUGGAACAAGGAUCGAACUCAAAUUGCACUGUGCCCCAAUAACCAUGAUGUCCACAUCUAUAAAAAGGAGGGGAAUAGCUGGAACAAGAUCCAUGUGCUAAAGGAGCACAAUGGCCAAGUCACUGGUAUCGACUGGGCACCGGAGAGCAACCGCAUCGUGACCUGUGGCACUGACCGCAACGCUUACGUGUGGACCCUGAAGGGUGAUGUGUGGAAGCCCACUCUGGUCAUCCUGAGGAUAAACCGCGCUGCCCGCUGUGUUAAGUGGUCACCCAAGGAAAACAAGUUCGCUGUAGGGAGCGGCUCCCGCCUCAUCUCUGUCUGCUACUUCGAGCAGGAGAAUGACUGGUGGGUGUGUAAGCACAUUAAGAAGCCCAUUCGCUCUACUAUUCUGUGCCUGGACUGGCACCCCAACAACGUCCUGCUGGCUGCUGGAUCCUGUGAUUUUAAAUGCAGGAUUUUCUCCGCUUAUAUCAAAGAGGUGGAGGAGAAGCCUGCUCCAACUCCAUGGGGCUCCAAGAUGCCAUUCGGAGAGGUGAUGUUCGAGUCGUCUGGCACCGCGGGCUGGGUGCACGGGGUUUCUUUCUCCGAGAGCGGGAAUCGUGUGGCCUGGGCUAGUCACGACAGCACGGUCGCUAUGGCUGAAGGAGGCAAGACUGCUGUAAUUACCAGUCUGGCUUCGGAGACCCUUCCCCUGCUGUGUGUGACCUUCACCAGCGAGAACAGUUUAGUGGCAGCGGGUCACGACUGUUACCCUGUGCUGUUUGUCUACGAUGCUGGGAAGGGUGCUCUGUCUUUCGGAGGGAAACUUGAUAUCCCCAAGCAGAGCGCUCAGAAAGGAAUGACUGCCAGGGAGCGCUUCCAGAACCUGGACAAGAAAGCCACGACGGACACCAAGGAGGCCGUGCUGGACUCGCUGCACAAGAACAGCAUCAGUCAAAUCUCAGUGCUUGCUGGAGGGAAAGCGAAGUGCACUAAAUUCUGCACUACUGGGAUGGAUGGAGGAAUGGCCAUUUGGGAUCUAAAGACCGCUUAAUCUGCCAUGAACGAUCUAAAAGUGGACUUCAUGGUGUCCUGAAGAAAAACUGGAUCGUGAUGAGUGCUGGAUUGAAGUUGUUAAAAAACCAAAAUCAAUCAUAUAUGGAUAAUCAAUAAUGUAAUAGUUAGCGUUUCUUCUUUAUAAAAGCAGACGACGCAAGCAGCUCUGAUUGGAUGCUGCAGUGCACUUCGACUUAUGAUACUGUUUAUGACUGCUCACUUAUCGAUUAUUAAUGCUCCUAAAAUUUGCAUUGGAUUAACGCACUUGAAUAAAAUGUACUGGAAUUGAA